CCAGGCUGUCUACAGAGAUUUGGAAAAUGGCAACAAAUGAAAGUGUCGGCAUCUUUAGUUCUGCUUUCCUGGCUGUGGAGUAUGUCGAUUCCCUUUUACCACAGAAUCCUCUGCAGGAACCAUUUAAAAAUGCUUGGAACUAUAUGUUGAGUAAUUAUACAAAGUUCCAGAUUGCAACAUGGGGCUCCCUUAUUGUUCAUGAGGCUCUUUAUUUCUUAAUUUCUUUACCUGGGUUUUUGUUUCAAUUUAUACCUUAUAUGAAGAAGCACAAAAUUCAGAAGGAUAGAACAGAAUCAUUGGAAGGCCCGUGGAAAUGUUUUAAAGCACUUCUCUUUAAUCACUUUUUUAUCCAGCUGCCUUUAAUCUGUGGAACUUACUAUUUUACAGAGUAUUUCAAUAUUCCUUAUGAGUGGGAAGCAAUGCCAAGAUGGUCUAUGCUUUUGUUAAGAUGCUUUUUCUGUGCUGUGAUUGAGGACACCUGGCACUAUUUCCUGCAUCGACUCUUAGACCACAAAAGAAUAUAUAAAUACAUUCAUAAAGUUUAUCAUGAGUUUCAGGCUCCAUUUGGAAUGGAAGCUGAAUAUGCACAUCCUGCAGAAACCAAAAUUCUUGGAACUGGAUUUUUCAUUGGAAUUAUACUUUUCUGUGAUCAUGUAGUACUUCUUUGGGCAUGGGUGACCUGUCAUUUAAUAGAAACUAUAGAUGUCCAUAGUGGUUAUGAUAUUCCUCUCAAUCCUUUGAAACUCAUCCCUUUCUAUGCUGGUGCACGGCAUCAUGAUUUCCACCAUAUGAACUUCAUUGGCAAUUAUGCUGGAAUUGCUGGGUCAACUUUUACAUGGUGGGAUAGAUUGUUUGGAACGGAGAGUCAAUACAAUGCCUACAUUGAGAAGAUGAAGACGAUGGAUAAAAAGACAGAAUAA